AUGCAAGAAUCAAAUUUAUUAGAUGAAAAAUAUAAAACAUAUAAGUAUGAGUUUAACAUACCCACAUUUGGUUCAUUAAACAUCAAUUCAGAGAAUUAUGAUGCUAAUACUGAUGCUAUUUAUUUAUGUGGUAACUCAUUAGGUUUAAUGCCUAAAAAUACUAAAAGUGCAAUUAAUAAUGAAUUAAACGCAUGGGCUGAAAGAGCUGUUGAAUCUCAUUUUAAUCAUCCAACAAAAACAAACUGGGUUGAUAUUGAUUUACCUUUAAUUCCUUUAUUAUGUCCAUUAAUUGGUGCUAAAGAAAAUGAAAUUGCAAUUAUGGGUUCUUUAACUAAUAAUUUAAAUAAUUUAUUAAUUCAUUUUUAUAAACCAAAAAAUAAACGUACAAAGAUUUUAUUUGAAAAACAAGCCUUUCCAAGUGAUUAUUAUGCAUUUGUAAAUAUAGUUAAAUUAUUUGGAUAUGAUGAAACUCAUUUAAUUCAAGUUGAAAUACCUCAAGGUCAAACAUAUUUAGAAUUUGAAGAUAUACAAAAAGUAUUUGAUAAAUAUCAAGAUGAAAUUGCAUUAGUUUGUUUUCCAGGUAUUCAAUAUUAUACUGGACAAUUUUUCCAAAUUGAAAAGAUUACAAAUUAUAUAAAAUCAAAAAAUAAUGAAAUUAUAGUUGGUUGGGAUUUAGCUCAUGCCGUUGGAAAUGUACCUUUAAAAUUACACGAUUGGAAUGUUGAUUUUGCAACUUGGUGUUCUUAUAAGUAUUUAAAUUCAGGACCUGGUGCUAUUUCAGGUAUUUAUGUAAGUGAAAAAUUUACAAAAGAUAAUUCAAAGAAUAAUUAUAAACCAAGGUUAGCUGGUUGGUGGGGAAAUAAUCCAAAUGAUAGAUUUAAAAUGUUGGAAAGUUUUGAUCCAAUAAAUUCUGCAUUAUCUUAUAGACAAUCAAAUCCAUCAGUAAUUGAUGUUGUUUCAUUACAAGCAUCUUUGGAAAUUUUCAAUAAAAUUGGUAUUGAUAAAUUAAGAGAAAAGAGCAUCGAAUUGACAAAUUACUUGGAAUCAUUGUUGAAAGAAUCAAAACAUUAUUAUAAAAAGUUUAAAAUAUUAACUCCCGAAAAUCCUGAGGAAAGAGGUUGUCAAUUAUCUAUUUACUUUGACGAAAUGGAAAAAGUAAAUGAAUAUUUACGUGACCAUGCUAUUAUAUGUGAUGAAAGAAGACCAAAUGUAAUUCGAUUUGCUCCUGUACCAUUAUACAAUACAUUUACAGAAGUUUACUACACAGUUUUACGUAUAAAUGAAAUUUUAGAUAAAAUAUAG